AUGGAUCAUCUUCUCGGUAGGUCGGAGGUUUUUGCAGCGCAGAAAUUAACGAAUUCCUUUGAUAUUCCUUGCUUAAGUGCUCAACAAACUGGAGCAUUAAUGCAGCUUUCCAGAUUGCCCGGAUUCAAAAAUGUGGUCUCCAAAGUUACAGGAAAUGGUAAUAUCGCCAAUUGGAUUGCUUCAGAUAAUGCUGAAUUAAAUAUUCCAGUGAUAUGGGAUAAUGAUGAAACAUUAACAAAAAUCGGUCGUAGUAUUCAUGGACUUUUGGUAGUUCAAGCGCUAAGAUCUGAUCGUCUUUUGGCAUCAUGCCAUCGAUUAAUUGAAUCUGCAUUUGGUGAUGAAUUUAUGCAACAGGACAAAGUUAUUAAUCUUCGUGAAAUUGUUGAAAAUGAGGUUUCUUCUGGACGACCUGUUUUAUUGACGUCAGCAACUGGUUAUGAUGCAUCAGGCAAGAUAGAAGAUUUAGCUACUGAAAUGAAUCGCGAAGUUACUUCAAUCGCUAUCGGCUCAGCCGAGGGAUUCUCGCAAGCAGAUGCUGCUUUAAGUUCUGCUUCAAAAUCCGGCCGUUGGAUUUUGUUAAAGAAUGUGCAUCUCGCUCCUUCUUGGUUGACUCAGCUUGAAAAGCGGUUGCAUACUAUCAAGCCUCAUCCACAGUUUCGUCUUCUUUUGACGGCUGAAAUUCAUCCCAAAUUGCCACCAUCGGUACUCCGUGCUUCUCGCGUAGUUGUUUUUGAACCAGCUACUGGUCUAAAGGCCAAUUUAUUGAGAUCAUUAUCUUCAUUAGCACCUCAAAGAAUUUCAAAAUCACCGGCAGAACGUUCUCGAUUGUACUUCUUAAUAUGUUGGCUUCACGCUCUUGUGCAAGAGCGGUUACGCUAUACCCCGUUAGGGUGGGCGAAUUCGUAUGAGUUUUCUGAUGCUGAUUUACGUGUUGCCUCAGAUACUUUAGAUGCAGCAGUUGAUUCUGUUGCAAUGGGUCGGAGCAAUGUUUCGCCCGAAAAAUUACCAUGGCUUACUUUAAAAACAUUAUUUUCACAAUGUAUAUAUGGUGGAAAAAUCGAUAACAAUUUUGAUCAGGCAAGUAUUUUCUUAAAUUUAAUGUUAUUAGAUGCUUUCCUGGAAAAACUUUUCAUAUCCAACUCCUUUGAUGCUGAUCGGAUAUUAAUAUCCAAUAUUGAUGGCCAUGGAUCGAAUUUAUGUAUUCCUGAUGGUACAUCAAGAGAAAUGUUGAUUUCUUGGGUGGAAAGCAUUCAACAUAUUCAACUUCCUAAUUGGCUUGGUUUGCCAAAUAAUGCUGAGAAGGUUUUGUUGACUGUCAGAGGAGAAAGUAUGUUGGCAAAUCUUAUGAAGGUUUCUGAUGAAGAAUUGGCGUUCAGUGAUGAUCAGAAAGCGCAAUCUCCACCCUGGAUGAGCAUAUUGGCGGACCAAAGUUCUAUGUGGCUUAAGAUGUUACCAAAUUCCAUUCCUAAGCUAAAACGAUCUGUGGAAAAUAUCAAGGACCCACUGUUCAGAUUUUUCGAUCGCGAAGUUAAUUUGGGAUUAUCGCUUCUCUUAGAUGUUAGAACUGACUUACAAGAGGUUCACGCAGUUUGCAUCGGUGAGCGAAAACAAACGAAUCAUUUACGUGGUUUGAUCGCAUUUCUUAACAAAGGUCUGAUUCCAAAUGGAUGGAUUCGAUAUGUCGUGCCAAAAGGUAUUACUGUGAUGUCUUGGAUUUACGACUUUUCGGAGCGAAUCAUUCAGUUAAUUACUCUGACAAAAUCUGAUUCUCUCAAGAAAAACAGACCCUUUCAGAAAGAAUCAAUCUGGUUAGGAGGAUUAUUUUCACCGGAAGCAUACAUAACUGCUACUCGACAAAUGGUCGCUCAAGCAAACCACUGGUCACUUGAAGAAUUGCACAUGCGCAUUGAAGUGGAUACUAGUGAAGAUCGAACAAACACAUUCAAGUUGCAGGGAUUGCGACUCAUGGGCGCAGAAUGUCGUAAGGAAAAUAUAGUCAACAUCGUAGAUGAUGUAGGCACUGAUUUGCGAACAGUAUUCCUCUCAUGGGAACGAAAAUUAAGUGCUAAACCCACUGUCAAAUUGCCCGUAUAUUUAUAUAGAAAUCGAAAAAAUCUACUCUUUACGUUAGAUUUUGAUCCGCAGAACGUUGAAAAAACAGUAUUUUAUGAACGAAGUGUUGCUGUUAUAGCAAAUAAUACUUUAUCCUAA